AUGGAAUCAGAUAAGAAACAAGCCAUCCAGAACUUAUCUCUUCCUCGUACCCUAAAAGAAGUGCGAGAAUAUGAUAUUGUUUAUGUGACUCAAAAGGCUAUUAAAGGAAGUGCAAUAGCUGAAGAGAGAAACCAAAUUACUGAUGUAUUAGCUACUCUAGCUAUAAUGAUUAAAGUAGAUGCAAAUACUAAGAUCCAACCCAUCAAGCUAGAUGUGAAAGAUGAGCCAAUACAUUGCUCAAGUGUCAAAGAAAAGGUUGAUGGGAAACCAUGGUUAGCUAUGAGUUUUUUCUUUGAUGGAGAUGUCCUUUAUAAAAGAAGUAGAGAUCAAGUGCUCUUAAGGUCUGUGAGUGCAGUUGAAGUGAAGAGGAUUAUUGAAGAAGUGUUGAUAGAGUUUAUGGGGCACAUGCAAAUGGUUAUAUGA